AUGUGGUACCAAUGGAUUUAUGUGGCAGUCGCACUGUUAAUACAUACAUGCUAUGCACAGGAAUCGUGCGCGAUGUAUGGGAAUUGUGGUAAGAAGGGCGUCUUUGGUGCGUCUUUACCAUGUCCCGUGGAUGCAGACUUUGAACCUCCAGUAAUUGAUCAAGGCGAUGUACAGUUUCUUGUGGAUAUAUGUGGGGAGGAAUGGCGAGACAAUGAAAGGUUAUGUUGUACCAGAGAACAAAUGGAAGCUUUGAAAGAAAACUUGAAUAAAGCAGAAAGCAUAAUCGCUUCCUGUCCAGCUUGUAAGAAGAAUUUCAACACAAUUUUCUGUCACUUCACUUGUUCUCCUAACCAAAGGCAGUUUAUUGAUAUAAUUAGUACAGAUGAAUCGAGUGAUGGUAGAGAAAUUGUUUCUGAGUUGAAUUUCUUUUUGAACUCUUCAUGGGCAUCAUCAUUUUAUGAUUCUUGUAAGAACGUAAAAUUUUCAGCUACGAAUGGUUAUGCUAUGGAUUUGAUAGGAGGUGGUGCGUCAGAUUAUUCUGAAUUUAUGAAAUUUUUAGGAGACAAAAAGCCUGCGUUAGGGGGUUCUCCAUUUCAAAUAAACUAUGAAUAUGAGACAAGUUCAGAUGAGUACUCAUUGUUUGACGAAAACGUUUUCGCCUGUAGCGAUCCAAAGUACAAGUGUGCAUGUGCUGAUUGCUCAAACUCAUGUCCAACUCUUGCUCCAAUCAAAAAAGGGCGUUGCAUGGUAGCUGGUAUACCAUGCACUUCCUUUGCCCUUUUGGUUUUGUAUGCGUUAGCUUUCCUUGCGAUUGGAGGUUGGCAUAUUAUCAUUUUCAGACGUCGAAAGAUUAAGUCCACUAACAUUGUGGAGGGUAGUGAACCUUUGCUGGAUAAUGGUAACGCUGCCAAUUCAGAUAUUGAUGAUGGCCUAUUCGUAGAAUAUGCCACCGAAAGAAACGCUAUGAAUGAUAAAAUCUCGGACGUUCUUUCGAACACUGUGGCCGCCUGCAUCAAAAAUCCUAUUACCGUGUUAUCUUACUCGGCUAUUUUUAUUACAAUUCUUUUGAUAGCCUUAAUAGUAUUUGGUGAUUUGGAAACGGAUCCUGUGAAUCUUUGGGUCAAUCCAAGCUCCCCGAAAUUCAAAGAAAAAACACACUUUGAUGCUAAUUUCGGUCCGUUCUAUAGGACCGAACAGGUUUUCAUCGUCAAUGAUACCGGUCCUGUUUUGAGCUAUGAGAACCUAAAAUGGUGGUUUGAAACUGAAAACCUAAUCACGGAAAACCUCUUGUCCACUGAAAAUAUCAGCUAUCAAGAUUUAUGCUUCAGACCGACAGAAGACUCAACCUGCGUUAUCGAAUCUGUCACCCAAUACUUCCAAGGUAUCUUGCCUGAUGAAUCCUCUUGGAAGCAACAACUAGAAUCAUGUACAGAUUCCCCCGUGAAUUGUUUGCCUUCAUUCCAGCAACCUUUGAAAACGAAUGUUCUUUUCAGCGAUGAGAAUGUAUUCGAAUCGAACGCUUUUGUCGUUACAUUGUUAUUGUCCAAUCAUACAGAAUCGGCAAAAUUAUGGGAAGAAAAGUUAGAACAGUAUCUUCUAUCAUUGUCUAUUCCUGAUGGGCUACGAAUCAGCUUCAAUACCGAAAUGUCAUUAGAAAAGGAGUUGAAUAGUAGUAGUGACAUUAUUGUUGUUUCUGCAUCGUAUUUGAUCAUGUUCUUCUAUGCUUCUUGGGCUUUAAAAAGACGAACCGGCGGUUCUCGGUAUCUGUUAGGCUGCGCAGGAGUUCUUAUCGUUUUUUCUUCGGUGAUUGCGUCCUCGGGACUUUUAAGUAUUUUUGGAAUCAAAUCUACUUUGAUUCUAGCAGAGGUUAUUCCAUUCUUAAUAUUAGCGAUUGGUAUCGACAAUAUCUUUCUAAUUACUCAUGAAUUUGACAGAGUGAACUCGCACUAUUCUUCCAGUACAAUCCAAGAAAAAAUUGUUCUUUCGAUCGGCAAAAUAUCACCGUCGAUCUUGUUUUCUUUUCUAUGUCAAGGUGGAUGCUUUUUAUUAGCUACAAUGGUAGAAAUGCCAGCUGUGCGUAAUUUUGCAAUCUGUGCUGCGGUCGCUCUUUGCUUUAACGUCGUUUUACAGUUGACAAGUUACGUUUGCAUCCUACACUUCUACGAAAAAUAUUAUGAUGCAGCCAACGUUGAAGAACUUACGGACGAUAAUGAAGAAGAAGGGGUACUUAAUAGGACAUUCUUAUCUUUGCUCGAUAAGAAAAGGAAGGUUCUCGGAGUUUUUUUCUCUUGGUUUAUCAUAUCUUUAGUAUUUCUGCCUUCUAUCAAGUUUGGAUUGGACCAAACUAUGGCAGUUCCGCAAAAUUCGUACUUGGUCAAUUACUUCCAAGAUGUCUAUGAAUACUUGAAUGUUGGACCCCCUGUAUAUUUUGUUGUGAAGAAUCUCGAUCUAAGAAUUAAAUCUGCACAAAAGAAGAUAUGUGGUAAAUUUACUGAAUGUGAUGAUUAUUCCCUAGGUAAUGUUUUAGAACUAGAAAGGCUAAGAUCUUCUAUUGUUGAACCUUUAGCUAAUUGGUACGACGACUAUAUGAUGUUCUUAAAUCCAGAACUUGACCAAUGUUGCCGUUUGAAGAAAGGAAGUGAAGAAAUCUGUCCACCUCACUUUCCUCCUCGUAGGUGUGAAACCUGCUAUAAGGAUGGAGAAUGGGAUUACGAUAUGAGUGGAUUCCCAGAAGGGGAUGAGUUCAUGAAGUACUUCGACAUAUGGAUAAAUGCUCCGAGUGAUCCUUGUCCUUUGGGAGGCAAAUCGCCAUAUUCCUCAGCAAUUGUCUAUAAUGAUUCAAAUAUCAUUACUUCAACCUUCAGAACUGGACAUAGUCCGUUAAGAUCACAAGAGGAUUACAUCAAUGCAUACAAAGAUGCUCAAAGAAUUGUUGAUGAACUAAAUGAUUUGGAUGUGUAUGCUUACUCACCUUUCUACAUCUUCUUUGUACAAUAUUCAACAAUCGUCUCGUUAACAGCAAAGUUGAUAACGGCUUCAAUUUUGUUGAUAUUCUUUGUUUCCUGGUUACUACUUGGGUCUGCGAUGACUUCUCUCAUUCUUUCUGGAAUAGUCACCAUGAUCAUUGUAGACAUUUUAGCUAUGAUGUACUUUUUCGGAAUCAGGUUGAAUGCGGUGUCGUUGGUUAAUCUUUUAAUUUGUGUAGGCUUAGCAGUUGAAUUCUGCAUUCAUAUUACUCGAGCUUUUACUAUCGUUCCAGUAGGAGUUAAAAAGGACAGAAACUCUCGUGUUAUUUAUGCAAUGACAACUAUUGGGGGUUCUGUUUUGAAGGGUAUUACCAUGACAAAAAUCAUUGGUAUCUCUGUUUUAGCUCUAACCCAAUCAAAAAUUUUUCAAGUGUUUUAUUUCAGAAUGUGGGCAUCGUUAAUCUUUGUAGCAUCGCUCCACGCUCUCAUCUUUUUACCGGUUUUACUAUCCAUGAUUGGUGGAAAGUGUUUUAUCGAAAGCAAAUCCAAUAUUGCAAUAGCAGAGUAA